AUGCCAGCUCAGGGCAAAGCAAAGGGCAGUCGCCGCAAUGAAGGCGCUUCCUCUUCUGCUGCAGCGAACCCACGCUUCCGCCUCCCCUCAGCACGACACAGCAAAGUAGGCGUCGACAAGCGCUUCACCCGCAUGUUCAAGGACGACGACUUUUCCAAAAAGGCCACUGUCGACAAGUACGGUCGCAAGGUUGCCAAGGGCAAUGCGAAGAAAGAGUUGGAACGCUUCUACAAGAUUGAGGAUGGAGAUGAGCAAGAUGAAGACGAAGAGUCAGAGGCAGAGAUGGGCAAGGCACAGAAGGUCAAGGCCAAGAAGAGCAAGAAGCCAAGCACAGAUGUUAUGGGAAGUGACGAAGAGAGUGAAGAGGAGGUUGUUCCUGAUGACGAUGAGAUUGAAGCCGAGCUCAAGAGAUUGGAUGGCAGAGUCAGAGAUCCGGCGAGAGAGGGUGGUUUCUCGUCUUCUGAGGAUGACAGCAGCUCUGAGGACGACAGCGAAGAGGAGGACGAGAUCGAGGAGGAUGCAGUCGAGUUCCCUAACGAAGGAGCUGCUGAUGUGCCUCUUGGUGACGUCUCGUCUCGUCUGGCUGUCGUCAAUCUCGACUGGGACAACAUCCGCGCCGAGGAUCUCAUGGCUGUCGCGCAAAGUUUUGCUUCCACUGGUCGUGUAUCGAGGGUCGUCGUGUACCCCAGCGAGUUCGGCAAGGAGCGCAUGGAGAAGGAAGAGCUCGAAGGCCCACCCAGAGACAUUUUCGCCAGCGCCACAAAGGAAGUCGACGAAGACGAAGAUACUGAUGACGAGGAAGAGAGAAUCAAGAAGGAGCUGCUCAAGGGAGACACAGGCGAGGAGUUUGACUCUGCAAAGCUGCGCCAAUACCAACUGGACCGCCUAAAGUACUACUACGCCGUCAUCACCUGCGACUCCAAGGAAACCGCCAAAUCCCUCUAUGAUGGCAUGGACGGCCGCGAAUACCUUUCUACAGCAAACUUCUUCGAUCUACGAUUCAUCCCCGACGACGUUGAUUUUGACACCGAUAUUCCUCGCGACGAGUGCACAAAGAUACCCUCGGGCUACAAGCCCAACGAAUUCGUCACCGAUGCCCUCACCCACAGCAAAGUCCGCCUGACCUGGGACGCCGACGACACCACAAGAAAAGAAGUCCAGAAACGUGCCUUUUCACGUGCCGAAAUCGACGAAAACGAUCUACAAGCCUAUAUCGGCAGCGACAGCAGCGACGACGAAGAAAACGACACCGGCCUGACAAAAGCAGAGCAGCAAAGACAAAAGAUGCGCGCUGCACUGGGUCUAUCCUCCGAAGCAGCAAAGACCAAAUCCAAAGACGAUGGUCCAGUGGGAGACAUGCAAAUCACAUUCACUUCUGGCCUCUCCAACGCCGCCGCAUCAAAGACAAACGGUGUCUUUGAGAACGAACCCAUCAUCGAAGAAACCACACGCGAGAAAUACAUUCGCAAGGAAAAAGAACGCAAAGCCCGCCGCAAGGAAAAAAUGAAGGCAGCCCGUAACGGCGAAACCGUAGAAGCCUCGGACGACGACGACGGUGUCAUUACAGAAACCAAGCCAUCAUCGAAGAAGGAGUCUGCAGCAGCAGCAGCAGCAGCAGCAGCAGCAGCAGCAGCACCCCCAGCGGAAGACGAACAAGACCCCUUCAACGACCCCUUCUUCAACGACACGGCCACGGCCCAAAAAGCAGAAAAACUCGCCCGCAAAGCCGACCGCCAGAAAAAGCGCGAGGCCCGCGAAGCAGCAGACGCCGCCACGGCCGCCAAACGCGCAGAACUGGAAUUGCUCAUGGUGGACGAAAACACGGCUUCCGAAAACAUCCGCCACUUCAACAUGAACGAAAUCGCCAAGGCCGAAAAGACAUUGAAGAAAAAGAGCAAGAACAACAAGAAAGCAAAGGAUGCGGCAGAAGUGUUGCAACAGGAUGAUUUCAGCAUGGAAACGCAGGAUCCGAGAUUUGCCAAAUUGUUCGAGAGUCAUGAGUUUGCUAUCGAUCCUACGAAUCCGAGGUUCAAGGGUACGCAAGGUAUGAAGGCUUUGCUGGAGGAGGGAAGGAGGAAGAGAAAGGGAAGGAGUGAUGAAGAUGGUGAGAGGGCUGAUGCACCACCCAUGGAAAAGAGGGAGAAGAAGGCAAAGACCUCGGCUUCCUCUGGUGGUGAGGACUUGAACUCGUUGCUUGCCAGAGUAAAGGCAAAGACAAAGUCUAGAUAG